AUGUCCAAGAUCCUCACCAUCUUUGGCGCCACCGGCAACCAGGGCGGCAAUGUCAUCGACACCGUCCUCGCCGACCCCGUGCUCUCCAAGGAGUUCAAGAUCCGUGCCAUCACCCGCGACACCACCAAGCCCAAGGCCAAGGCCCUCGCCGACAGGGGCGUCGAGGUCGUCUCCGCCGACAUGUCGUCGAAGGAGUCUGCCGCCCCCGCCGUCCAGGGCGCCCACACCGUCUUCCUCGUCACCAACUUCUGGGAGAGCAUGUCCGCCGAGACUGAGAUCGCCCAGGGCAAGGCCGUCACUGACGCUUCCAAGGAGGCCGGCGUCAAGCACCUCAUCUUCUCUUCCCUCAUCCACGUGACCGAGGCCAGCAAGGGCAAGCUCACCCACGUCACCCACUUCGACGGCAAGGCCGACAUCGAGAAGUACAUCCGCGCCAGCGGUGUUCCGGCUACCUUCGUCCUGCCCGGCUUCUUCAUGCUCAACUACUUCCAGUUCCUCAACAAGAACGAGGACGGCUCCUACACCUACGCCGUGCCCUGCUCGGUUGACAAGGCCCAGGUGCCCCUGUUCGACGCCGCCAACGACACCGGCAAGUUCGUCGUCGCCGCCAUCAAGCACUUCCCCGCCCAGAGCGGCAAGCAGAUCCUCGCCGCCACCGAGUACGUCACCCCCAAGCAGCUGGCCGCCGACUUCGCCGAGGCUUCUGGCAAGGCCUGCACCGCCGUCCAGGUCGACGAGAAGACCUGGAAGUCGUUCCUGCCCGAGGCUAUCGCCCAGGAGAUGCUCGAGAACAUGCUCCUGCUCGAGGACCCCGGUUACUACGCCGGCGCCGACCUGGCCCCCAGCCUGGCCCUCCUGGACCAGAAGCCCACCACCUGGAAGGAGUUCGUCGCUGCCAACAAGGAGAAGUGGGCUUAA